CUUGUGAUUUUUCAAGUCCAGACAAAAGUCAACUUCUUGCAAAGUUUGAUCGUUGCUGAAGAUGGGGACAACAUUUGGGAAGCCAUUUGCCGGUUUGUUCCAAGAACCAGAACCGAGAAUAAUGUCUUUCGGCCUCGGCUUUACAGGAAAAUCAUCAAUACUGCUCCAACUCAAAACCGGCGAAAUCCUUUCAAAAACAAGGCGCACCAUUGGAUUGAAUGGGGAAGCUUCAAAUUCAAGAACUCGAGCUUUAGCUUCUUUGAAAUAGAAGAGCAAUGCCUGCAUAGGAAAAUUUCUUCAUGGAAAAUUUACUUUCAAAAGGCAGCAGGGUUUGUAUACGUAGUUGAUAGCACGGACAGAAAGGGAAUGGAAGAGGCAAAGAGUUUCCUUUACAUGGUGAUGGAUGAGAUAGACGGGAAUGCACCAGACAAUACAGCGGUUCUUGUUUAUGCAAACAAGCAUGAGGUUCCUGGUGCCAUGUCGGCUUCUGAGAUCAGUAACGAACUUGAUCUCCCUUCUCUUCGUCAAAGAAACUGGCAAAGAAACUGGCAUGUCCAGAGCUCAUGUGCGCUCUGUGGCGACGGUAUACAUGAAGGAUUCGACUGGCUCUUCAAAAACAUUGCAAGAAUGUAAACAGUCCUUAUUUUUCGUUGCUAAAUCUCUUCUGUACCAAAAAUACAGCCAUCUUCUGUUUCAAGUUAUCGAGCUCUUCAUGUUUAUUCGCUAGCUCCAUCAACAAGACAACUUGAUCCUCUUAAAAGAAACAUUACUCGGCCUAUGUCCCUUGUCAGCCAUCAUCUCUCAGCUUCAUCAACCUUAGACAAAUCACAAACUGAUUACGCGUUUAAGCACACACCAAUUAACCUAAUGUGCCAACAAUACCACAAUCGAAUGGUAUGUCAUUGUAGCAUUUUAGGAUCGAAUCCACAAGGAACUAGUGACCUAUAACACCAAGAAUACACAAACUUUCUUAAUCUAAGCAAACAAGAAGAUGGAUGAUUUGUAACAAGCUAAGAUCCUAGAAAUAUAAACAAGGUGAUCUCAAAUCCAAUCAAGAAAUAAGUGCAAGAACUUUCAAAUGCUAAGGAUGGAUUCAUGGGUAAGGAUAAUUGAUAUAAGGUGAUCAAGUUUCAAUCUAAAGGUGUCAACUUUCAACCAAUCUAUCUACCUUAGGCCUAGACACAAUCCUAAACAAACUCUAUCCCUAGAUGAAUGCUCAUUUACCUAGAUAACUCAAGCAUCAAAUCCCUUUGGUUGAAUGUUAUCUAAGUAAUCAUUAAUCUCAAGUCUACUAGCCAUCUUAACACCUUUAACAACAAAUCCCUUUGGUAAAGGAUGUUAAAAGCUUAGGAGAGUUGGUUCAGGCAUUUCAUCAAACACCUUCCGGGUAUGAAAUGCCUAGAGCUCAACUUUAGAGAGGCCAACUCUAGAGUUGCAUUAAAAGCACUCUACUAGCAAGGAACAAGAUGGAUCUAUACUAAAACACUUUAGAUCUAGUUUAAUCACCCUAAUCUACCUUAACCCAUGAAUCCAAAAUGUGUCUACUCAAUAAUCUCCAUGAGAAACCUUAAACCCAUGUAAGGAUCAAGGCUAAUCAUGUUAAUGAGCAAGAGAAACACAAUUAUAAGAUGAAGUACUUCCUCAAAUUAUAGAAAGAUUCAAGCUUUUACAAGUUUAGACAAAGUCUUGAGAGAAAAUGAGAUAAAACUAGAGUUUUUAGGUCUAAAACUAUUUAUAGGGAUGUACAAGUCGUACUGGUUUGAUUGAAUUAAACCAGGUCAAACCGGAUUAAACCGGUCAACAAAUUGGGAUCGCGUCUUUGUCUUCUCCGAGCGGCCUUUGCACCCCGCUGUGGCAAACCGCUGAGAUGUUGACAUCGAGUUUGUCCAAGUGCGCGCGGCUUCUUCAUCCCGCGUUGCAGGUCCGCUCCAAGGUGCGUCCGAGAUACAGCGACCACAACACCUCGCUCCCUUGAACUCGCGUCCGAGCCCGCUGAGUUCCCGAGCCGUGUCCCAAUCUCUCUCCGUCGCGGCUCGUCUCACUUCACCGCGAACCACCACAAACUCCUUCUUCCUCGCCUUGAUCAAGCCGUGACUGCGUCACCGUCUCCUCCAAGCCGCGACCAAGCUUCCUCCGUGGCGUCAGUGUCUCCAUCUCCGUCGCUUGCUCCACUACGGGAUCCCGUCCAAGCCAUGCUCUCAGGUGCUCGAGUCUCGUCGUCGUCGAGCUUUGCCGUGGUUGAAAUCAGCCUCGCCGUCGUUCACGUUGAAACCAAGCUCUCGAUCUCCUCCAAUGGAGACUUCUUCAAUAUUUGCAAGACAGGUCCCCGCAAUCUUGAUUAUUUACACAUUCGCCCCAAACUCUUAAAGUUGCAUAAAAGACCUCUCGAAUUGGCCCUGAAUCUUUUGAUUGUGCGAAAAUAACCCAAGCGACUUCCUCUGAAUUUGCAGCAUUGUCCACCGACUCUUGAUGGUUCUCAAACUGGCCACAAACUGUGUAAUUUGCAAGUAUAACCUUGCGAUUUUGCCCCAAACUUCUCAAGUGUGCACAUUAGCCCCUAUUUAUGCAAUUAUGCAUGUAAAUGCAAUAUUAAGACCUAAAUGCAACCUAGAAUGAUUAAAAUAAGCUAAAUGAGAUGCUAAAUACUAUUAAGAUCAUGAGUUAUCAACUCCCCCACACUAGUCCUUUACUUGUCCACAAGUAAACAUUCAAUAUCAAUUAAAGAGAAGAAGUUUAAAUUUGAGAGCUUAUAACCAAAAGAACACUUUAUAGCUUUCAACAUAACAUCCUAAAGAAACAUAGCAAAAAGCAU